AAGACUUUGUUUUUUCAGAUGGAUCUCAAAGCUGAACACGGUCAACCUGGAAACAACCUCUUUGAUUUCCUCAGCAGGUGGGUUCAUCAUCAUGGUGAUGGCAAAAGGGACGUGCUGGUCUUGAACGUGGUUUUGCUAGGCGGCCCUCAGAGUGGGAGGAGCUCUGUGGGGAAUGCUCUUCUUGGUGGAGACGAAUUCCAAACAGGAAGAAGCAUCUCAGGUGUGACCACUGAGUGUCGCCUCCUCUGGCGCACUUUUCCACGCUUUUUCAGAAGACAGGGGGCGGAGACUGACAUGAUGCUGAGAAUUAUUGACACGCCUCCUGGAGUGCCUGACCCACAGAGCAUCCACCAACUCUGCCCUGAAGGCGUGCAUGUGCUCGGCAUCGUUGUGAGAGCCGACCUCCCGCACGAAGACAAACACCUGCAGCAGCAUGCAGAGAAGCUCCUUGGUCCAGAAUGGCAUCAGCAUUGCAUACUUAUCCUCACGCAUUCUGACCACCUGAGAGAGACGAGGCUUCAGCCUUCAGCCUACCUCGCCCAGCCCUUUACUGGCUGGCUCAGAAAUCUGGCUGGGGAAAUAAGGGGCGGGGUCUGGUUCCUAGAUAACACCAGUGAUUGGUCGUCAGUCAGAGGGCGACCACUCAGAGACCAAAUUCUUUGCCUCUCAGCCAAGAACCAUCACAGGGCUCUGACCGUCAGGACCUCUGUCUGAC